AUGGCGCGCGCGGUGGCGCGGCGACGAGAGAUUGUGGAGAAAUUUGAGUCGAGACGAAAACUACGAGCGACGACGGUGCCGACGAACGACGCGGCGACGCGGGCCGAGCUGCGCAGGCGCGGUGAGCCGGUGACGCUGUUCGGUGAGCGCGAGGGUGAUCGGCGCGAGCGCCUGCGAGGGAUCCUCGCGGCGUUGGACGCGGCGGACGGGGGCGAACUCGAACGCGGCGGCGCGGACGCGGAGGACGACGCCAUGGACGCGGACGGCGCGCCGGAGCGAGGACGACAGAGGGAGACAUUUUUUACCGAGGGUGUCAAGGGACUGCUGGAGUGUCGAGUGGCGAUGGCGGAGUUUUCGCUGCCGCGCGCGGCGAAGCGCGUGCGAGAGGAACGGGUGAGAAACGCCGACGCGAGAGGUUUAGCGAAGACGCUGGACGCCAUCGUCGCCUCCACCUCGGGAUUCGCGGCGCAAUGCAGUGAGAUUGGGGAUGAUACGCGGCCGAUCGCGUGCGCGCGCGCGUUCGACGACGGGCGCAGGGCGGUGACGGGGAGUUGGAGCGGCGAGGCGCGUGUGUGGAAAAUCGACGCGCCCACGGGACGGAUGACGUCCGAGCUCGUCAUCAGAUGCACCGAUCACAGAAUCACGGGCGUGGACGCGGUCGCGAACGUGAUCGCCACCGCGCACGCCGACGGGACUGCGGCGAUUUGGAACGCGAACGAUGGCUCUCGCGCGCGAGAGCUCAAGGGUCGACACGCCGCGCGGUGCGGAAAUAUUGCCUUCCAUCCGAGCGGAGCGCGAUACGUCGCCACCGCCGGAUUCGACGCGACGUGGCGACUGUGGAACGUCGAGACCGGGGACGAACUUCUGUGUCAGGAAGGUCACGCGAAGGAGGUGUACGACGUGGCGUUUCACCCCGACGGCGGCUUGGCGGCGAGCGUCGGUCUAGACGCCGUCGGUCGCGUGUGGGAUCUGCGAAUCGGUCGGGCGAUCGGAAACCCGCUCAGGGGACACGUGAAACAAAUCUUGAGUUGUGACUUCCAUCCAAACGGCACGCACAUCGUCACCGGAAGCGGCGACAACACGGCCAAGGCGUGGGAUUUGAGACGCGCGAACGAGUGCGUGUACACGAUGGCGAAUCACGAAAACUUGAUCAGUCAGGUUCGGUACGCACCAAACGGCGCCUUUUUACUCUCCGCGAGUUACGACGGCACCGUGAACGCGUACGACGCUCGAGAUUUUUCGUUGAACAAAAAAAUCGUCGUAUGUACCGGUAGCGGCGCGACGAAAAUCACGUGCUGCGACGUCGCCGCCGACGACGCCUUAAUCAUCGGCUGCUUCGAUCGCACCGUGAAACUGUACACGAAGUAA